AUGGCGGGAAGCUUGUUUUCCGUCCCGAUUUUCCUCGUCGUCUUCCGAGAGACCCUCGAGACCGCCAUCAUCGUCUCGGUCUUGCUGGCGUUUUUGAAGCAGACUCUAGACCGGCCGGGCCAGGAUGGCAAGAUCUAUAACGCCUUUCGGAGACAGGUAUGGUUAGGCACAGCCGUUGGGUUUUCCAUCUGUAUGACGAUUGCGGCGGGAAUUAUCGGUAUUUUCUACGGGUUCGGGAAAGACGCCUGGCAAGACCAAGAGUAUUAUUACGAAGGCAUCUUUUCUCUCAUUUCGUCGGUCGUCAUCACCGUCAUGGGCGUCGCUCUGCUGCGCGUCGGUCGCAUGCAGGAGAAAUGGCGCUCCAAGCUGGCGACGGCGAUCGAGGCCCCCCUCAGUGCCAACGUUGGACAACCCUUAAUCAAGCGCGUCUUUGAAAAAUACUCCAUGUUCCUCUUGCCUUUCAUAACUAUCUUGAGAGAAGGCAUUGAAGGCAUUGUGUUUGUGGCCGGUGUUUCUUUUUCUGCUCCAGUAAGCGCAAUUCCCCUCGCCGUGCUCGCGGGAUUUUUGCUAGGAGCGGCCAUUGGAUAUGCUGUUUAUAAGUAA